AAACAUAUUUUGUAAAUGAAAAUGGUGAUUUUAAAAUAUAAUACUGUAUCGAUAUUGUUAACAACCAGCCGUCAAUUUUAUAUUCAACAAUGUAAAUACCAUGUAUCAAAAAGUGAAGGAAGUUAUCUACAUCAUGUUGGAAAAAAAUCAUUAUUAUAUAAAACCAUUGGUAAUUUAGUGGAUGAAGCAGGGGAACGUUAUCCAAAUCGGAAUGCAUACGUACUUUGUGAAGAAAAUAAAAUAAUCACAUUUAGAGAAUUAAAAGAACAGACUGAUAAGUUUGCAGCCGGCUUGUUAUCUUUUGGUUUUAAAAAAGAUGAUAAAAUAGCAAUAUGGGGUCCAAACACAUUGGAAUGGAUUAUUUCAUUUUAUGGAACAGCCAAAAUUGGUGCAAUCUCUGUUUUAUUGAAUCCCGCUUAUCAAACACCUGAAUUGAAAUAUUGUAUAGAAAAGGCUGAUGUAUCAGGAAUUGUUACACCUGAAUCAUUUCGAUCACAUAAUUAUUUUGAAAUGAUUAAUGAAUUGUAUCCUGAUUUGAAAAAUGCAAGUGAAACAUCUUUAACAAAUGUUGUUAAUACGCAGAAUCUCAUCAAAGUUAUUUCAACUACCGAGCAUAAAUUAUCAGGUGCAUACCGGUUUAAAGAUAUUUUAAAAACGGAAAUCAAUGAAGAAAAUCUAAAUAAAGCAAAAGAACUAGUUAAUCCAGAUGAUGGCUUAUGUAUUCAAUUUAGCUCAGGAACAACAGGUAAACCGAAAGCAGCCUUGUUAACACAUAACAACUAUGCCAACAAUUCAUAUACAGUAUCGCAACGUCUUGAAUUAUACGAUAAGCAACACAAAUUUUGUUUACAAACUCCAUUUUUCCAUGUUUUUGCUUCUGUUAUUGGUAUGUGUGGUUCAAUGCAUUCGGGAACAACAAUUGUUGUACCAAGUAAAAGUUAUAAUCCGGUGAAAACUUUAAAAGCUAUUGAAUCAGAAAAAUGUACGUACCUUAAUGGAACACCAACAAUGCAUGUAGAUGUAAUUAAAGUACAGCGGGAACGCAACUUUGACGUAUCCAGUUUAGAGUAUGCCGUUUCUGGUGGAGCACCGUGUCCUCCAAUCUUAUUCAAGGACAUGUUAAAAGUUUUAAAUGUUCAAACUGUUAAGUCAGUAUAUGGUUUGACAGAAACAACAGCUGUGAUAUUUCAAUCCCUUCCAAAAGAAAAUCAAUAUUGUGCAACAGAAACAGUAGGACAUUUAGGCGAUCAUAUUGAAGCAAAAGUUGUAGAUGAAAACGGUAAAUUAGUUCCUUUUGGAAAACCUGGUGAACUACACAUUCGAGGAUACUGUAGCUUAUUAAAAUAUUACGACGACGAAGAAAAAACAAAAGAAACUAAAGGAUCCGAUGGCUGGGUAAAAACAGGUGAUCAAUUUGUUUUACAUCAAAAUGGAUAUGGAGAAAUUGUAGGACGAUUAAAAGAUAUGAUCAUCAGAGGCGGUGAGAAUAUUUUUCCAAAAGAAGUUGAAGAUUUCCUAAACACACAUCCAAAAAUUUUGGAAACUCAAGUAAUCGGUAUUCCUGAUGAACGUAUGGGCGAAGAAUUGGUGGCUUUUGUACGUGUAGACGAAAAUACAACAAUCACUCUUAAUGAAAUUGAAGAUUAUUCAAGUGGGAAAAUAGCAAAGUUUAAAAUUCCGAAAUAUCUUAGAAUCAUAAAAGAAUAUCCAAAAACAACUUCUGGAAAAAUUCAAAAAUAUAAAUUGAAGGAAUUGGUACUAAAAGAAAAGUAAAAGUUAUUGCCGAUUAAAGCACGUUAAAAUUAUCCGAUAAUUUAUUUGUACCACGAUUAUUGUACCAUCUUUCUAAAAUCAUUGUAAAUAAAGGACCCAAGAUGUGUUUUUUUUUUAAA